AUGGCCAGCUACACUCCUGUUUCAGGGGGUCACAGGGGAACACAUUGGACGCCGACGUCAUCUGUGGACGCAGCACUCUCUGAUACGCGCGUAAUUGACUCCAACACUAUCGAAGAGCGGAAGGUGGAGAGCAGCGGAUCUACAGAGCGCUUGCGUGACGGCGGCUGCAACGGAGAGAGCAGCCAGGGUCCUUUCACGCAUACGGACAUGGCUUCUUCUUCUGGCGAGGACGCCUCCUUCGCGAAUGCAUCUUCCACAGAGCCUCGUUCUUGCCGCGUGGGCAUAACAGGCCCGCCGUCCUCUUUCCGUCUCUCCUCUAGUACAAGCAACACGGAGACGUCUGAUAGUGCAUCCUUUUCCCCUCCAUCCUCCCCCAGUCUCUUUGCCGCCAUAUCCCCACCGAGGCCGCCCCGCUCGCCGCUCCGACCCACACCCCAAACGCGGCGUGCUUCUGCGUCGCUGCUUAAGCACGAGCAAAUCGACCUUAGCCCCGACUGUGACGAGAUGCCUUUGUCCCACUCACGCAGUCUCGGAUCCUUCUCUGGUCUGCUAGCCAGUCAGCCUGCUAGUGCCAAAUCAAGUCGCUCGGUUCGUUCCCAAACACCCGACAAGCCGUUGCCCAUCACUCCAGAUCCGUCCAUCUCGGCCGUAUCCGUGAACGACGAUGAUCGUGAUCGCGACAGAGAGCCCGAAAACGACCAGAAGGAGCUCGAGGAUGCGUUGUCAGUGAACUCUGAAUUCGUCUCCUUGUCGGUCCCUGCAUCCGGUUCGAGUCUGGGUCCUGGCUCAUUCUUGCAGCCGCGACCGACGGUGUCGAAACGCGUACACGCGUUGGAGGAGCUACUCUCCACCGAACGUGCAUAUGCAUCCGAUUUAGCCCUUAUACGGGAUGUCCACAUCCCCCUCGCAUCAGGUUUACCUGCGCCUUUCCUUGCUGCUCCCCCUACGCCGCCACCGUCUGGCCCGUCCUCACGUACUCAGUCCACAUCCUCCGACGCCCCGAGCCAUAUUCCCACCCUGGAGCCGCUGUAUCUCGCCUAUAUCACCAAGCACGCGAGCGCGUUGGAGCACCUGAACAACCUGCCCAAGACUCCGGCCCUCACAAAUUACCUCGCGCAGUCGCGUUCGCUUGCCUCAAGCCUUACGCAUGCCUGGGACCUUCCAUCCCUCCUCAUCAAGCCAGUGCAACGUCUUCUCAAGUAUGCCCUCCUGCUGAGUGCCAUUAUCGUCGAGACGCCAGAUGGCCACCUGGACAAGGCAAACCUAAAGCAGGCGCGGGAGAAGAUGGAGGAGGUGGCGCGUGGUGUAAAUGAGGGGCGCAGGCGCAGGGAGGUCGUGAAAGAAGUGCUGAGUGGGCCGCCUCUCGGUGGGAGUCCACCGCAUAAGCGGCACAGCGACCCGAAGCCGAAGCCGAAGAAAAAAGGACUCAAUGUCGGUGUGUCCGCAUCAGUAAGUUUGGGUCGAAUGAAGAGUUUCAGCAGCGGGUCGAAGCUACAGAAUGCCAAGGAAGGGUCCGAGGCGAACCAGGAGGCCGAGCUCGUUGAGAAGCUCGGUGAGGAGGUCAAGCGAUGUGAAGCGUUUGCCCGCCAAUUCGCCAAGGAGGUGACGGAAUGGGUACGACUGGCACAGGUUACACUAGAAGACCUCAGCCGAUGGUGCAAAGGUUUUGGCCGCGUGAUUGGUGUGUCGCAGGGGGAUUCGGAGGCGUUCGAGGCGUUCAUCAAAGUUGUAACGGACGAGCUCCCGUCAUUGGGCCGCGAACUACAGGACAACGUCAAGAGCAAGAUACUGGACGAGCUCACCAGACUAGUGGACUCGACGUUGGCCCCGCUCCGGUUACUGGAAGCAAUGAACACUCUCGAGCCGCUACACUUUGGUUUGUUAAACCUCAACGUAGCGAAGUCCCGGCCUCCUCCACAGCUCUUGGAAGCGUCGCAGUCGUAUGUUGCCCUUCGUGGACAGCUUGCUGCCGAACUUCCUCAGUACAUCAAGCUGCUCGACAAAGGCGUUGGAGUCUGCUGGGAGCAUUUCGAGUUUCUACAAUCCCGAUAUUGGAGCCAGGUACGGGAUCGCUGGAUGGGUCUAUGGGAUGGUCUCAAGGUAGAGGGCGAGAUGAAUGCGGGUGCGGUUGAGACGGUGCGGGUCUGGGGCAGCCGUUUCGUGGACGCCGAGACCAACAUACUUGGGCUCAAUAUUAUCCGGCCACCGGAGAAGAAGUUGCACGCACUCGACGUGACACGGCAGAAGUCCAAGCUUCGCCUGAAGUCUUCCGACGACAGCUGGAGCGAAACCAGCUCGACCGUGAUUGUGCCGUCGAUAUUGACUUCGCUCGAUCCGCCGUACGAACCAUCCAGCUCGCCUUCGACAUUGUCUCUUCAAACGCCUGUCAGCGGCAAGGCACGCAGUGUUCGCUCAGUGGACGUCGGGAAGAGCCGGGCUCUGGAACGACGACCCUCUAACGAGAGCCUACACUCCAAGAAGUCAGGGAAGUCCGUUAAGUCGACGAAGUCGACGAAACGCAAUCCCAGUCACGGUAUUAAUAGCGCCGAACUCGAAAUUAUGGAAUACGCCCCACGUGCACCUACGACACCUCCCCGACAGUUGCCGCAGAAGCAGACAUAUACGAGGACGAAAAGCAUGCCGAUUCCGUCACCUUUACCCCUCCAGAAGACCCAGUCUCAAGGUCGCAUGCUCGACCUCGAUCACGCUGAGAUCACCCGCAUGAGGGUCCCUCAUCAUGCGGAAAUAUCCGUCGCUCUGCAGGGAGAUGUCUAUGAUGACGAUGAUCGAGGGCGGCCUUCGCGAAAACCAUCGUUCAAGCGGCGGUUGACGGAAACUCUCCGUCCUUCUUCCGCAUCAUCGCGACAUCAACGUUCACCCUCUCUCCCUAUUGGCAUGACCCCGUCACCGUUGCCGUCUCCGAACACAUCGACGUUCCAGAAUGGGUCGUCGAGCAGGCAGUGCGGCAGACCAAGCACCGGUGGGUUGAGAAUACCCGCAAUGUAUAGGUGUCAGGUGGUCCACGCAUGCGAGCCACCAUAUGACGUAUCAUAUCGUGGCCUUCCUUUCUUCCACCUGCGUCCCGGGGAUGUCUACGAUGUUUUACAGGAGGCUGGACAUCCGUCCAUACACCGAAAUCUUCCCUUGCAGGUUGACGAUGGUGAGGACUGUCUCCUACUCGUAAGGGACGGUGCAGACAGCGUUGGAUGGGCAUUAGCAAGUUUCCUUGUACCGGCGGACUAGUUGAGAUUUAUUUAUUUUGCUGGAUACUGCAUUACGUGGAGCAUACCAAUAUUCCCCUCAUUGUACACCUUGUCUCCGUAUACCUGGUAGAUGCUCUCAUUGUUGUACGUUGCAUUCUGCAUAUCCUUAGCACAUCUAUCGUUGUUGUAGCAGCACGAUCCGUAUAUUAGAGCAAAUUUAGUUUACAGUGUUUCAUGC